AUGUUCACCGAGGAGAUCGAAGAGGCAAUAAUCUCGCGUGCCCAGCUUCGUUCAUCGCCACGUCAAUACCAAAUACCAGGUGUCCAUCCAGCGAAUGAUCGUUCAAUUCAUAAGACCGAACGACAGUCCGUCAAGGUCGUUGGAUAUCACCAGAAUCUGGAGAUGCAAGACUCUCCAGAAGCCAAGAUCGAGUCGCCGCUGGAUGUAAUUGUUAAAAUCGGCGCUGCUGGUGUCUGCAGGUAUGUAUGUAUGCUGUAUACGUUUUCCGUUGAUUGUAGAAAAUACCAAUUGAUGCGCCUCGCAAGGACCGACAUCCAUAUCCUCGAAGGGCAGUGGGAAGAAAAGUCGGGAGUCAAACUCCCAUACACCAUCGGCCACGAAAACGCCGGCUGGAUCCACGCCAUAGGAGAAGCUGUUCGGCGAUCCAGUCAUCCUCCACCCUCUCGUAACCUUACGUUCCCAGGAAUCAACGUCGACGGAGGCUACGCAGAGUUCAUGAAAACCACUGCGCGCUCCGUCAUCAAACUCGACCCAAAACUCCACCCCGCCGAUGUCGCGGCUCUCGCAGACGCAGGAUUAAAACCGCUCAUCAUUGUCGCAGCGAAAGCUGCAGAAUUCCUUCGACCUGGUGAUAACUGCGUGAUGAUCGGAGCCGGAGGUCUCGGCCAUAUUGGCAUUCAAGUCAUGGCCGCGAUUUCCGGAGCUACGCUCAUCGUUAUCGACCGAAACCCAGACGCCCUAGCCUUAGCGAAAAAAAAAUCAAAAAAAAAUCGGCGCUAA